AUGCGACGUGCUUUCCAAAGAUGUAAGGAAACUAUUACAAGGAUGGUAGGUAGCCAUGGAAGGGCCGAUCCUUCAAUCUUGGAUGGUGUUCAAGUCUCAUUGCCAAACGCUAAUCCAACAGAAGGUCCAACUAAAUCCCGAUUACAGGAAGGACCAAGCUACAAUAUCAGAGAAUUUGCAACUAUCGGAACACGAGAUGGUUCGUUGAUUGUGACUUGCUUUGAUCCUUCAACUGUCAAGCAUGUCGAGCGAGCAAUUUAUACGGCUGAGCUAGGGCUAUCACCUCAAAGGUUGACAGGCGAAGAUGAAGAAGGAGUAUUAAACAUUCCCAUUCCUAGACCCACUUCGGAAACACGGGCUCAACUAAGCAAAGAUAUAAGCAAGAUCUGCGAAAAUGCCCGAGUAUCAAUCCGAACAGCCAGACAUUUAGCACAAAAACAAAUUCGUAGCGAUGAAAAGCGAAAAGUGAUCGGAGCAGAUGAGGCCAGAACAGAGAUGAAAGGUAUCGAUGAGGAAACUAAGAAACAAACUGCUGAAGUGGACAAGUUGUACGAACAAAUGAAAGCACGCAUCGAACAAAAUUAA